AUGGACCUCAGCACAAAUAUCCCUGAGGAAGAUGCCGGUGGCAAGAAGAAGAGCCGGCUCAACCGCCCAGUGAGCGCUUGCGAGACGUGCCGAAAGCUCAAAACCCGGUGUGAGAGUGUGUCGGGGAAAAAGGCAUGCCGCCGAUGCAUAUCUUUGGGCAUCGUCUGUGACUUACCGGGCACUGACAAAGGCCUCCCCUUAGAGGGUAUGGCAUCUUUCAAUGAUGUUGAUACUAAGCUUGCAAGUAUUGAGCAAAAACUUGAGGGAGUACAAAAUCAGAUCUCUAUAGCUCCAGAAGGCAUUGAUGCCCGGCUAGCACAGCUCGAAAGGAGUGUCGAGGAGCUAGGACGGCUAAUCCGUGGCGCUGUCCACCCCUCCUUAAGUGUGCACGCCAUCUCUAGGCCUCAACAAGACACGCAACAUAUGCCCGGCUCAUCUACAAGUGUUUAUUUGGAUGACACGGUAGGGAAUGGCAUCAUGAGACCGGUUUUACUCAUGCGAAAUUUGCAAACCCAGUUUUUUGGCCCCAAGCAAGACUUUUCCGAUGAAGUCCUGGCCUUGGGGAACGUCGUAUCUGCCGGAAUUAUCAGGGCAUCUCUUUCCAGGCACCUUAUUCAGAUGCAAGUCACGUCGAAAUUCAUAAAACAUUACGGGUUCUGGAUCUCAGUCAAUCACAAGCAUGACCUCCCUGAUGACUUUGAGCGGAAUCACCCUUUGCUAUUUAGCACUGCCUGCCUGCUGGCCUCUCGAUUUGUGCCCAGCAUCGGCAGGACGGCUAGCCAUGAAAUAUAUUUGAUGGUUCGCCGAUUGGCUUCCAGUGUUGUUCUGAAGCCUCCGCCUCUCCGCUACGAAGAGCUCCAAGGCCUACUGCUUCUGAGUAUGUUCAGCCCGACUAUCCAGACAGCGAUGCCGAUUGACAGCUGGUUAAUGAGUGCGCUUGGAAUUAAUCAUGCGACACUUCAUCUAAAUCGUUCAGUUGAUAUGAUUCUUCCUGGAAAUUCUGAUUAUAUGCUGCUACCUAAAUUGCGUAUCUGGAAUGCUUUAUGUCUGACCCAUAUUCAGCGAUCUAUGGUUCAGAAGAAAUUUGUUGAUUAUUGCUACGACAUUUUAGAAACUCCAAAGUCCUGUUUUGAGGAUGUCAAACUAUCCGCGGAAGUUUUACUUUACUGGGAAACUGCACACCUCCUUAAUCAGAAGCAGCGGAUGGACGAAUCGGAGAACCCCAUCUUUGAUGAACUUGCCGAAUGGAAGUUGUCAUGGAAGCAAGUCUUUGAUAAUCCGCGUUCUGUCACUGUAAGAUUUAGUUACAUGUUCUGCUAUCUCCUCUUAUAUAGAGUUUCACUUCGAGCUCAAACUUCAUCAAUUAUCCUCAAAGAUGCAGCAUUGAAAGUUUCGCGUGAGAUACUGGAGGUGUUUCAAGAGCUCGAUUUUACAGUAAUUCUCGAUCUUCCGGACUAUUACUUCUUCAUUACUGUAUAUGCAGCUCUCACGUUGUGCAAAUUCACUAUUAGCGACCCUCUGAUAGCGAUGACACAAGAGAGUUUGAUAGACCUUGCCCCGAAUAACGAGCAUAUCGCUUUCCGAUUUGGAACAGUGCUUCAAGAAAUCCGGCAGAAGGCUGCAGCUGCGGGCACAUCGGUGAUGAACCAGACGAAUAGAGAAAUUGGGAUUGAUGGUUUGACUUCAAAUGAGCAUUACGCAUGGGAUGUGUUCAUGGCAGCAUAUUACCCACGAAAUAUGGAUACACUUGAUCAUGGACUCGAUGGCACCCUACUCAGUGAUGAGACGCAGUUUUGA